UGCGCGCUCUGGAAGGAGCCGCGCUCUCUGUGUGUUGUAGAUCAGCUGCUGCUGUUUCAUGUCGGAUGCGGCUCAGACAACCGAGUCUCUCUCACACACACACACACACACACACACACUCAACAACCCGCCGAUCACUCACUCACUCACUGACUGACUGUCCGGACUUUUGCGUAAGCGGUGUCGUGUGCGCACAAUGUCGCCGCUGUGGACGCCGCGCAGCUGCGUGUGAGUGACUGUGGAUCAUCCAGGCGCUUUGACAGAGGCGGUGAACGCACCUUGCAUCCAGCCAUGGGAGGUCAGAUCACCAGAAACACCAUCUACGAUACUCUGAACGGACCAUUUCCUGCAACAUCCCACCGAUGCCACUACAAACCCAGGCGGUGCCUGCCCAUGCAGCCAUGUGGGAAUUUGUCGUCCAUCCCGCUGCACUUCCACCCGACCACCAAAGGCUCACAGAUCGUCAUGGACAUGUCCCAGAGGACCGUCAAGAGACAGGGAAGCUUCUGUAACGGCAUCACCUUCAGCAACAGACCUAUUGCUGUGUACGAGCAAGUUCGACUCAAGAUUACUAAAAAGCAGUGUUGCUGGAGUGGCGCCCUGCGUCUUGGAUUUACAUGCAAAGACCCUUCACGGAUCAACCCGGACACUUUGCCCAAGUACGCCUGUCCCGACCUGGUCUCCCAGAGCGGCUUCUGGGCCAAAGCUCUGCCCGAGGAACUCUCCAACGAGGGAAACGUCAUCGCCUUCUGGGUGGACGAGAAGGGCCGGGUGUUUUACCGCAUCAACAACUCAAGUCCCAUGCUGUUCUUCAGUGGGGUGCACGUCGCCGAACCUCUGUGGGCUCUCAUAGACGUCUACGGCCUCACCAGAGGAGUCCAGCUGCUGUACAGCGAGAUGGUCCCUCUGGACUGCCUGCGCCCUCGGUCUUUUGCAACCACCCACCAUGCGUCUAUUCAGCGAAGCAGCGACGAGCCUCACCUUUCCAUCAGCCUGUGUGACCUGAGCCUGCAGCAUCUGGAGGAAGAUAAUGAAGAGGACGAAGAGCGACUACAACCCUUAAGCUCCACCUCUUGCCAUGUUCCCCAAAACUCUCAGAACUUGCAGCAGUGUUCGCUGCUGCCCAGCCAUUUGGACACCGAUCUCCACUUCCACUCGGUGCAUGGCAGCCAUGUUACCGCGCUGGAUAAGCAUACAGUCGCACGGCUGGAUCACCGCGGUGACGAGAGGACCCUGGUGUUCACCAGCAGGCCCAUGCGCUGCUCCGAGACUGUGUUCCUGAAGGUGAAGUCCGGCGCCUCGCGGCCCGCUUGUCUUUCUUACGGCGUGACGUCCUGUGACCCGGCCACCCUGAGGCCCAGCGACCUCCCAUCCAACCCAGAGUCUCUGGUUGACCGCAAGGAAUUCUGGGCCAUGUGUCGAGUCGGGGUGCCGCUCCACAGUGGGGAUAUCCUGGGCUUUCUGGUGAACUCAGACGGGGAGGUCGUAAUGAGCCAUAAUGGCGUCAGCGCAGGGAUGCAGCUGUGUGUCGACAACUCCAGACCUCUGUGGAUGUUUUACGGUCUACACGGCACCGUCACACAACUCAGGAUUUUAGGCUCAUCUCAGCACCCAGAUCCGCGUGGUCCUUCGAUACCCAGCUCCCCGUCCUGCUCACCCAACACCCCCACAAUGCUUUGCGGUGGCAACUCGGAGUCCAGCCUCGACGCGCCGCUGAACAUCAACCUCAAUUCGAGCUUCAACUCCAGCUACCACGCAGUCUUUUCUUCCUCCACAGGUACGACCCCGAGCUCUCCUUUCUCCGGCCACCCAGAGUCACCCAACUUCCCCCCGUGCUCGGGCUCGUGGAGCGACGAGUGCACCAUUUGCUACGAGAACGUGGUGGACACGGUCCUCUACGCCUGCGGACACAUGUGUCUCUGCUACUCCUGCGGCCUCAAACUCAAGAAGAUGGACAACGCGUCCUGUCCCAUCUGUCGGAGGACGAUCAAAGACAUCAUCAAGACGUACAGGAGCAUGUAGUCUCUCUCGCACCAUCAGGAAAUCGGCGCUGGGCGACUGUCAAAGCCAUGAAAGACUUUGCGUAGAUGGACGCAGCACACGUGAAAAGCGUGGUUGUUUUGGCUCAGGUACACAACAGCAGGACUUUAAACGCCAUCACCUGGACAUUUCAUAGUGGUCCCACACUCAUGAACUCCACUGGAGACCAUGAAAAACCACAGAGUCGUCGACUGAAACUACGACCCACGAGUGACUCUGUGCAUGCUUUGAAGAGAGAGAGGGUAAAUCUGAUAAAGGCUGUUUAUUGUGUCCCACAUGCAGACACAAUAUUCUCCCGCGUCUGUUUCAGAGGAAGUAAAAUUGUCCAGAGCUGCGGAAGAAAUGAGGGAGAGUAAAUCCACCGUUUCUCCAGCUGCUUCUUCUCCGCUUGUCACGAAGCGUUUUGGGUCAAAACAAAUGCUGCUUUACAAGAAGAAUUAAUUGUCCCCUAAAAGUGGAACAUGGAAAAAAAAAAGAAAAAUCAAGAUAAGAUCGUUGUAUUUGAUUCCCCAGGAAGGUUCCACUUUCCAGUGAGGGUUGAGAGGAAGGAGUUAGAAAGUGGUUCUUCUGCCACAAAACACAAGAAAAUGGUUUAACCCGAGCCCUUAAAGCUGUGGUGCGUAAUUUUGAGUAUUAACAGUUCACAAAAUGAACUGAAUGAGUUGAUGAAGCUCGAGUAGUCAAGAUAAGACGUUUAGGGUUAGGGUUAGGGUUAGUUUAUCGUGUUUCAUCCUUUCUGUUGACAAAGUUACGCACUGCAGCUUUAACUUCUCAGUUGUGUAAUACAUGAAAUGAUGUCUGGCAUAUAUUACACGAGCAGCUCUGUUCAGUGAACUUAAAGCAGGGGGAGAUUGUGCGAAGGCUAAACAAGAAAAAAAGAAGUGUGAGUGUUGUCGCCAUAGAAGGUCACGCUGGCGGUGAAAUGAGGAUAUACGUAAAUCAGCGACGAGGGAG